AUGUUUAAAUCGAUUGCUUUAGUCUCUUCACAAGAGGGAUGGAUCAAAAUAGGAGUAAAAAUAGCUAAUAAAACUUGCAAGGAAAUAGAAAAGUCUCAUAAUAACAAGAGAAAAAACGAUACAUUAGAAUACCAUCUAACUUAUUACGAUAUAUAUUGUGGGAAUGAAUGA